GUAGGUGAUGUCUCUUGUCAUUUGUCUUAAGCCUAAUCCAGAUAGGGGAGCUGGUACAAAACAAUCAGCACUUUGUAAAGUAUUUACAGUCUGUCACUUCUUUCGACUAUGAAAGUGUGUUGGGCUCAUUAAAAAAAGCAACUCACACUUCACAGAGAGAGUUGGAAAAGUGCUGUGGUAUAAUAAAGUGGAUGCUGGUUGUCACAUGGGAUAACAGCUACAGAUGUGAGAGAUCCAGCCUGUUCAACAUCCUUAGUGGGCUGUACUCCAUCUUUGUCAUCAUCCUUGGUGCUGUGCUGCCCAUUGCUGAAAUAUUUGCACAGCCUGUGGCUAUCAACUUCUUUGAGGCAUUUUAUAUAUACCUGUAUGGCGUCAGCAUCAUCUUCCUGAUUUAUGUAUACGCAUUUCUUCUGCAAAAUGCCACUUCGGAAUAUACUCGCAAGAGGGCACAACAGGCAAAUAAUGCUCACACCGCCAUCUUGGAAAAAUCUCGCAAAGUGUCCAUUGACAGCAGUGGGAGCCAUCACACUGGGAGCUUUUAUUUGAGACUAGGCGCUGUGGGAUUUGGAAUAGGGAACAUGCUCCUGGAUGGAUUAAGAUUUGGGGAGUUCUUUGAAAUGGACCUUUCCUCUCCUUGCAGUAACAUCCUUCUUGCCGUCAGACCUAUGGUGCAUCUGGUCUUCACCUUUGUACAGCUCUAUUUUAUCUUCCUCAACUCUAAGAUGUGUAUUCACAAAUACAAAGUUCUGGCACGGUUUGGUCUGAUGCACAUGUUUGCCACCAAUAUCUGUGUGUGGUUGCGCAAUCUCAUGAAGGAAACGUUACGCGAGCUGCAGCACAAAGCGGUGAACACGAGUCUAACGGAGUAUCUCUCUCUUCAACACUUCACUCCAGCACAUCUACGAGAUGCCACAGGGGUGUUAAAACAAGGAGCAGCAGAGGUUCCAAAUUACAACAUCAGUACCAACAUGACCACCAGGAACCCUCCAAUCUUGACCCUGUUAGACUGCCAGAGACGGGACAUUAUGGGGAAUGUGGUGGACCAGGCAGCCCCAUAUCUAUACCCAUGUGCUGUACAGUAUAGCCUCAUUGGUUCAGCCAUUCUUUACACAAUCUGGAGGAACAUUGGCAAGAGAACAAGUCCCCUUUCCACAUUUUAUUCUACAAUCCAAAACAACUGGUCACCAAAGAACAAAGUUCAGACCCAGCGUCCAGUCUGUGACAAUCAGCGCCAAAUAGUGGACUGUCAAGGUUCUACCAAAGGCCUCUUUGUGGGCAUUCUCCUCCUGGUAGUGACCAUCAUCUCGAUGAUUGCAUUCUUUGUGCUGGUUGAGAAGCCAUCGUACCAAAGUAUUGCCGUUAUUGUCGUCCAUGCCGCUGAGAUUACCUUGCACCUGAUCACAGCAGUCACAGUCUUAGCUGCAUUUUUCAGGGUGCAGGAUCUGUAUUUUAAUAUCAAAAAAGACAUAGGGUUGGAUGAGACUCUCCUGCUUAUCUCCCUCACCGGUGUAUAUAUUUUCUCAAUUUUCAGUAUUGUCGCAGGGUAUUACAACACAACUACGUAUGGUGGCACCCUUAUAGUGGUGACAGGAACUCUUCAGCUUCUUGAGUCCUCUUUGUUGACAAUAUUUGUCCUGAAUGGACUGAGGCGGCGAUCGUACAAACCAAGCCAUGAGGAGAGCAAGCCUGGCAGAGAACUUGUUACCUUCUUAUUAGUAUGUAAUAUUGCCAUGUGGGGGGUUAACAUCUUUCAAACAAGGAGGGCAGAAGUCAAUCCAGUUCAGACUGAUUUCUACGGCAACCUGCUUUGGGUAAUUAUUUCGCACAUUUCUACACCAUUGAACAUAUUCUUCCGCUUCCAUGCAGCUGUCUGCCUAGCCAAUAUUUGGAGAAAUGCAUACAAGGUCAAGGUCAAGUAAACAAAAGUUUAAGUCACUAAGUAAUUCAUUUUGCUUCUGUCCUUAUUAUGAUAUAGGUAGCUAUCAAAGUAAUACUCUAGGAACAUGGUUUCAAGCCAUUGAAACUAAUAUUUUCCACUUUUAUUGGCAAGGAACUCUCAUUUGUUUUUUUGGUGGUGAAAUAAAGUGGGUGAAAAUAAAAUUUGAACUAUAUUUGAUUUUGAUUUAAUACUUGUUUAAAAUGAGUAUAAUUGAAUAUUUCCAAGAUAUUUGUUUUUGUAUCCUCAUAAGCUGAUUAAUUAUUUAGAGACAGGUGCCCUCAAAGAGGUUAUUUAUUUUGAAAUACCGUAGUUGUUGGAUAAAUAUUAAACAUGCACUGCCACAUUUAUACAUCUCCUCUUUGCAAGUGUAAGUUUUAUGAUGAAUUUUACUGAUGUACAAAUAAAAAAUACUAGGCAGUAAUUUAUACCGGUAAGACAGUUAUGAAAUAGAUAAUUGUGCAGACAUUUUUCAUUUUUGCUUUUGCUGUAAGUGUGUAGGUCUUGGCUUAUCAGUACUCCUAGUGUACUCCUAAUGUUAAUAGCUACUGUAACAGACACUUUGCUCCCGUUUUCACAUGCUAUACAUAAUGCUUUCAAAGUAUGUUUAAAUGUUAUAGAAAAAGGUGCAACAUUUACCUAAGUCAGUCCAUGUAUUUUAGUAAUAAAUAUGCUAGUAGACAAUCGAGUUAUCAUGUAAGUAAUAUAUGAAUAUGGCAUAGUGAAGUAUUUUUGAUACAAAGAAUUGUAUGUAUCUUUAUCUGCCUUUGUAUCAAGCAUGUUUUUAUAAAUCUGUUCUUGUUAUAUAUUAGUUGCAAUACCAUUUAACUACAAUAUAUAUAUAUAUAUCUGUUAGUGGUCCAAAGUCUUACUUGUAGACUGGAAACUUUUUGAAUUGUAUUCAUAAUGAGAUGUGUACUUGCCAUUGUAAUAAUGGAGUUUUUAUGAAUUAAUGGACAUUAUCUUUUUGUUGAAUUUGUUUGAACCAUUCCUUAUUUUUUCUGCAGAUCUCUUCUUGUAAAUGUACAUUUACAGAUGUUGAAGACUAUGUAUCUGUUACCAAAUAUGUCUUACCAAGUACAGUUAAUGACAACAUGGGGGGAAAAAUGGGCUCAAUAUAACAAACCUAGAUUCUUUCAGUUAGGGAAAUUUGGUACCUGACAUAAGCCAAUGGGAUGUGCUUUUUAAAGCUUGUGGUGUGAUUUAAUACUUAUUUGAGAAUCUGCAGUGUCUCUAACUACUUAUUUUUAAGUUCAUAAGUUUUGUUCAGUUUGACAUCUAUUUCACUGGUGUAGACUGAUGACCACAUCAGUGCAGACUUUCUUUGUCAUACUGUUUGUUGAAGCAGUAGCUUCAAGCUGAAACAAUUUGAAUUUACCAAGAGAAUAUAACUCCUAUAUACAUCCACACCUAUGCUCAGCUUAAUGUACAGCACUAUAAAAAGUUCCCUUUUUUAUUUUUUGGAGGUAAAACCAUGGGGCAUCAGCAUGGUCACACAAUUUAUGAGUGAAUGAACACUUAGAAACCUUUUGUAAGUUUAUUAUUCAGUAUAUACUCUUUACAUUGCUACCUUUUUAUUUUUGUCUAUCUGAAGCUAUUCUGAUAGUAAGUCAAUCACAAUUUUAAGUGUAAAUAUGCUUAUUUAAGUGCAAAUUGUAUGGUUCAUCUACGUUGACGGAGAUUUUUAAAAGAUACUAUUAUUGUUUUUUUUUUUGCAUUUUCAUUUUUUUUUGUAUGGUUCAUCUACGUUGACGGAGAUUUUUAAAAGAUACUAUUAUUGUUUUUUUUUUGCAUUUUAUACACUAAGAAAUGCCUUGCGUAUAUUUGCUUUGAAUCUCUAGGUACUUAGUUUAUAUAUAUAUUUAUAUAGUGAACCACGUUUGGA